ACACUGAGGGGCUAGGACCCAGCCGUUCCUGCUCACCGUUGCUGCAGCUCCAGCCUCUGUCCCCGGAGGCAGUUUCCCUGAGGCCAGUCUCCGAAGUCUGCCAGCGGCUACUCCCACAGCCUCCGCCAUGGGUCUGGAGCUCUACCUGGACCUGAUGUCCCAGCCCUGCCGUGCUGUCUACAUCUUCGCCAAGAAGAACGGCAUCCCUUUCCAGCUACGUACCAUAGAGCUGCUUAAAGGUCAACAGUACACUGACUCCUUCGCUCAGGUGAACCCUUUGAGGAAGGUGCCGGCUUUGAAGGAUGGGGACUUCCUCUUGGCAGAGAGCGUGGCCAUCUUGCUGUAUCUGAGUAGAAAAUACAAGGCCCCUGACCACUGGUACCCUCAGGACCUGCAGACCCGAGCUCGUGUAGACGAGUACCUGGCUUGGCAGCACACAGCCCUUCGGAGCUGUUGUACCAGAGCCAUGUGGCAGAAGAUGAUGUUCCCUGUGUUCCUGGGACAGCCCGUACCUCCUGAGAUGCUGGCAUCCACCUUGGCUGAACUGGAUGGGUGCCUGCAGAUGCUGGAGGACAAGUUCCUGCAGGACCAGGCCUUCCUUACAGGAUCCCAUAUCUCCGUGGCUGACUUAGUGGCCAUCACAGAGCUGAUGCACGUGAGUGCAAUGGACCGGUCAGUGCUGGCUGCAAAAUCUUCGAGAGCCGACCCAAACUGGCUGCGUGGCGUCAGCGGGUGGAAGCCGCCGUGGGGGAGAGCCUCUUCCAGGAGGCCCACGAAGUUGUCCUGAAGGCCAAGGAUAUGCCUCCUUUGAUGGACCCUACAUUGAAGGAGAAACUGAAGCUCUCUUUGCAGUGCUUGUUGCAUUGAGGGAAUAGCCCGAACUAGGAGACAGCCGGUCAAGAGAAACUCGGGGUUGGGGGGAGGGGUGGCGUGCAAGCUAAGAGAUGAGGCUGUCUGUCUCUUUGGCUGUAACUAGGACAUAGAGUCUCUGGUCCACAACUUCCUCUCCAUGUUACCGAGUGUUCCCUCUGUGUCCCCACCUGACUUGGGCUGUGACAUCAGCUCUUAUCUGACUUCUGGAAAGAGCUACAGGAAAAUGCUUGGGAGAAACUUACCUGGCUAUAUUCUUUUUCUUUGAGACUUUAUAAACCAUUGAACUUUUCCCCACGCUCCAAGUCAUACUUUUCUGGCUCCUUUUCUGCUCUCACAUUGACCCCCGUGCCCUGUAUAUGUAUAUGUAUAUGUAUAUACACACAGAUAUAUAUAUUUGAUAUUUGGCACUACAUGAUCCUCUGUGCUCCUCAACCCCAGUGCCUGCCUCCCUUAGUUUUGGCACGCGGGAUCUCUGAUCUCUGAGUUGAAUACAUGUCAGAGAUGGGGACAGACUAGUGAAAGGCCUCUGUACUCUGGGUUUUUGUUCCCUGCCAUAGGCGGGGUACAUGGCUGAUUCAUGACAGUCCUUGCAGCAAUGGAAGUUUCUUGGUAUGUCCUAACUUUCCUUCUUGCUCCAAGCCUUCUUAACCCCGACUGCUCCCUUCUGCCUGUCUCCGGAUCCAAACCGUCAAGCUACUUAAUCUUGUGCCAUAGGAUGUCUUUUAUGUGCCUUACUUAAUAAAUACAUCGUUAACAGAAGAGUGA